AGAGCCAAGCACUUUUGGCUGCAUCGUAAUAUAAUCAAAACUAUGGUUCCACCCCCUGUUUGCUGCACCACAUGAUUGCCACGGAAGCUGCUUUUCUGUACAUAUAGCCAGAGAAGCUGCACCGUGUCUCAGGUUGCUGACAGCUGACAAUUGAAGACCACCGUGUUUUGAACAUUCUGAAGAAGCGCUUCCACGUUCAGCACCGGCUGACUGACUUUUAAGUCAUCAUGGCAGAUUCCAGCCUCAACAACCUGACAUCGCUUGCCCGGGCUCUGUCACAACCUAAACUAUAUUUGUCAGAAGUGGAUGACAACUCUACGCGAAAUGCUCAGCCUCAACAGUGCCGAAGGAAAAAGUUAUCGAGCUGCAAUUCGAUCGAGCGCAUUGAGUCGGCGACUCGACACACCGGCGAGGCGCGAGUCCUGGUCAUCAACACCGGAGGAACCAUCGGGAUGACAAUUCAUGAUAACGUGCUUGCACCAAAAGCCAAUGCAUUUGUAAAGAGCUUGCGGAAGCUGCCCAUCCUCCAUGAUGAGACAUAUGCCCAGCAGACCUGCAUGUAUGACUAUUAUGGAUCCGAGAACACCCUGGUCCUGCCGAUGAAUAAAGACAAUAAGAGGAUAGUCUACACUAUCUUAGAGUACAGCCCUUUGCUGGACUCCUCCAAUAUGACCACGGAUGACUGGGGUAGAAUUGGAAAGGACAUUGAGAAAAACUAUGAAAACUAUGAUGGUUUUGUGAUCCUUCAUGGCACAGACACCAUGGCUUACACAGCCUCUGCCCUGUCGUUCAUGUGUGAACACUUGGGAAAACCAAUCGUUCUCACUGGCGCACAGGUGCCCAUCUAUGAGAUGAGGAAUGAUGGCAGAGGCAACCUGCUGGGGGCGCUGCUGAUCGCUGGACAGUUUGUCAUUCCUGAGGUGUGCCUGUAUUUCUACAACAAACUCUACAGAGGGAAUCGUGUGACCAAGGUGGAUGCUGGGAGUUUCAAUGCAUUCUCCUCUCCUAACUUGGCCCCUCUGGCCACUGCUGAAGUAGAUAUUACAAUCAACUGGGACACGGUUUGGAAGGCAAACACCACAGCAAAGUUUCAAGUCUGCACGGAGCUGAACCGGAACGUAGGCCUGCUCAGGCUGUUCCCAGGAAUAACUGCUGCCACUGUGAGAGCUUUCCUGCAGCCGCCCAUGGAGGGCGUGGUGCUGGAGACAUACGGCAGCGGAAAUGCCCCCGAUAACCGUCCUGACCUGCUAGAGGAGCUGAAGAAGGCAACUGACUCCGGCGUCAUCAUCAUCAACUGCACCCAGUGUCUGAGGGGGGCUGUGUCUACAUCUUACGCCACUGGCAAGGUGUUGAUGGAUGCAGGGCUGAUAGCCGGUGGUGACAUGACUCCAGAGGCUGCCUUGUCAAAGCUGUCCUACGUGUUGGCCAAGAAGGAGCUUGAUCUAGAUGCCAAGAAAAAGAUGAUGGGUGAGAACCUGCGAGGUGAAAUGAGGGCCGACUUAGCAGGAGCCAAGUUGUGUCUGAGCGACAGCCGUUUCAUCCAGGUCAUCGCCAAGUCUCUGAGCAUCAGCUGCAAGGAGGAGCUGGAGGCCAUUCGUGAUGCCCUGACUCCUACACUGGCAUGUGCUGCUGCUAAGAUUGGAGACAUAGAAGCCUUAGAAGCCCUAAAAGACAUGGGCACUAACUUGUGUCUGGGUGACUACGAUGGACGUACACCCCUACAUAUUGCUGCCUGUGAGGGCCACCUGAAGCUGGUGCAGUACCUGCUGGGUCAUGGCGCUACAGUCUAUGCUAAAGAUCGCUAUGGGGAUACACCUUUAUCCAAUGCUGUACGCUUCAGGCACAUGGAAGUUGUGAAGCUGCUGAGAAAGACCGGGGCCCACUUCUCCAGAGACCAGUUGGAGGAAGCAGGAACAGAACUGUGCAGCAUGGCAGCCAGCGGUGACCUGGAGGGCCUGGAGAUCUGGAGCCUUGCUGGAGCAGACCUGAAUACAUUAGGCUAUGAUGGACAGACAGCCAUUCAAGUGGCCCAGGCUGUUGGCAAAAAAGAGGUAGUGGCUAUUUUAGUCCAACUCAUGAGCAGAAAGACGGUAUUUGAUGAAAAUGAUGAUUUGAGCGGAGUGAUCGAGUUCACCGCCAGUCCGUCCGGAUCGUGAGCUGACACUUCCUCACGCGACAGGAAUCGUCCUCCAUUUGUGUCUACUUCAUCCGAGACCGGGUUUUACACACGGUUCACUGUCCUGUUGAAUUUCACAUUUACUGUUUUUACUUUUAAUAUCUGCACAAACACUUUUCCAUGUCUUUUAAAAGCCAUCACUACUUACAGUAUUUCCCUCCAAACCCAUAAAUAGCAUAACAUUUUAUAACCAUUGCUUUUGAGUCUAGAAAGGGCAACACUAGAUGUAUGUAUAUGUGCAUGUAUAUGUUGCAUUGUUGCACAGUAAUCUCUGUAUAAGGAAACAUAUGCUGAUUUUAUCAAAUGCUUUUAUUACUAUGUAUGAACAACAGACUCCGUUACUGUGAUGUCCAGUCAGGGAAUUAAGGGUGAUCUUCACCUAAGCUGUUUUAACAUGGUCAAUGCUGAAACCUUCCAUAACUCUUGAACAGUAAAGGAUGAUUGGCGAAGGUUAGUUUUGAAAAAAAAA